AUGCCUCUUCUUGUUUUUCUGGAUAUUUCUUCACUCAAGAUUGGAGAGCUAAAGAAACUAGUAGAAGAGGGUAAGGUAAAAUACAUAGGCCUAUCUGAGGCUUCGGCUUUAACAAUCAGAAGAGCACAUGCUGUUCAUCCAAUUACAGCAGUGCAGUUGGAGUGGUCUUUGUGGACAAGAGACGUGGAGGAAGAAAUCAUUCCCACCUGCAGAGAACUUGGCAUUGGAAUAGUAGCAUACAGUCCUCUUGGACGGGGAUUCUUUUCAUCCGGCCCAAAAGUGGUUGAAACUUUCUCCGGAGGGGACUUUCGAAAGUUAGUACCAAGAUUGCAACCCGGGAAUCUGGAGCAUAAUACAAGACUAUUCGAGAGAGUGAAGGAUAUGGCAAAUAGAAAGGGAUGCACUCCUUCACAGCUAGCUUUGGCCUGGGUACAUCAUCAAGGAAGUGAUGUGUGUCCAAUACCCGGUACUACAAAAAUCGAGAAUUUCAAUGACAACAUCGGAGCAUUGUCUGUAAAACUGACAAAAGAAGACACGGUUGAGCUUGAAUCUAUUGCUUCGGCUGAUGCCGUCAAGGGCUCUCGAUGUCCUACUGAUAUGAAAACAUGGGAAACUUCAGACACUCCCCCUUUGUCAACUUGGAAAGCAGCUGCAUAA